UACGUCAUUACGUAAAAGGUAUUAUUUGAACGUCAUCACGUUCUUUAGCUUAGCUAGGUGGGCCGAGUAAUGCUGCAAAUUAUUCAGUUUUUAUUAUAUACAUAACCGGUAGUAAACUGUUACCGGGGACUAAAUACUAAGAAUUAACGAAUAAGUCUGAUUGUCGCCAGUAUGAGUGAAAAGAAGAAAACAGAAAAGGACCCGCUUCAUUACUUUAUGAGUAAUGACGAUCUUAGCGGCAGUAGCAGCGACAGUGAGUCCGAAACAGACCGAGAGACGCGCAAGAGAAAAGGGACCGGGUCCGAUCUGCGUGGCGGCGGGGAGGAAGGCCACGGCACGAAACGAACGGCAGGCGGAGCGCCUUUACCAAAGCCGGACGUCCUCUUUAAGUCCGUGUCCAAGCCUGCGUUUUUAUACAACCCCCUGAAUAAACACAUAGACUGGGAAAGCCGCAUUGUGAAGGCGCCCGAGGAGCCAGCAAAGGAGUUCAAGGUCUGGAAAACGAACGCAGUGCCGCCCCCACAGUCUUACACUCCAGAAGUAAAGAAGACUGCACCGCCUGGCAUGGACAUGGCUAUAAAAUGGUCCAACGUCUAUGAAGAUAACGGCGAUGAUGCCCCACAGCCUGCUGCUGGGAAAGCUAUCUUCCUGCCAGAGGAGGAGGCGGUGGAUGAUCCAUGUGAUUCAGAUGAGGAUAAGACGAUGGAUCCAAGCAAGUCCGGAAAGAAGAGGAAAGUCGAAAGCUUCCAACAGAAGGAGAAGAGGAAGCGAGAUCUUGGGCAGGCCACGUCGGACAAAAGCUUUGUGGAGGAGGAGAAGAGGAUCCUCAGGCAGAACUUCUGUUAGGUGUUAUGCUGGUUUAAACAGUGACUGUGACGUGUCUCUCAAUCCUGCCUCCAACAUCCACUCUUGCAUCUCUACGUGGGGGUUGGGGGUGUUUGUGUCUGUAUAUGUAUUUUCAAUAGUGGAGUGUCAGGUCUUACACUGAUUAAGCAGUGACUAGCGUCUUUUCCUAACAGUUAGUCUGUCACUUGCAUCUAUGGGUUCCUGUGCUUGCAUGUAUAUGCAAGAACAUAUGUGACAGACAUAAAAAAUCAGGGGCUACUAUUUAAGUGAUGGCAUUUCAUGCAUUCUGAAAAAUUUUGUUUGUUGUUUAAAAAAUAUCGUUUUUUUGAGAGACUUAAACUGAUCAGAAGCAUUGUCUAAUGCAGGCCCCUGGCAAAUCAAGCAUUUAAAUAUCCACAUAAUGGCCUGUGGUUUUUUAUGUGGGGUUUUGAAAGUGUUGUCCUCAUUUUUAUGAUACCUGCAUAAUUUCAGUGUAAUUGUUUGCUGGAUAUUUGUUACGUCAUUGCAUUUUCUCUUCAUUGGAAUGGAAUAAUCUUACUCGUGAUACUGAGCAAGCACACCAUGUGGUGCUGUAGGACCAGUGCGUCUAUCGGUUCUUUUAAACUGAUUCGGGAUCCACACCAUGCUUGAAUUAAUUCUUGUUAACGUACCGUAGUCACAUUGUCUAAAAGAAGUUAUUGUUUGGAAUGUUUUACUGAUGUUAAGUGUUUUCUUAUUAUUAGAUAUUCAAUAUAUUCUGUUUUUAAUACCUUGAAUUGAAUUGAGCUGUGGUCUACAAGAGUUCCUAUCCAGUUUGUUUCAUGUUGUACAGCCAAUGACACUUUUUUUAGUAUUCGCUCCUAUUGUAACCAUAAACAAUGGAGAAGCACAGUGAUUUGUAUUGCCCCAUUGUACUACCUGAAUUUCAGGCAUCAGUCACCCAGGAAACACACCUUGCAUAAAGCUUUGCUUCAUUAAAUGUUAGGAUGUUUCUCCUUAGAAGUAAGCAACAAAAUAUUAAGUUUCACAUGUUUUUUUUUGUUGCUCUGUUUGAGCUGAACCCUGGGGUCUUUGGAUUAAUAUAUAAUAUGGUGAAAAUGGAAAUAAUGCAAUAAUGUGUGUGAAAAAAUAUUACUGUCAUGUAGCAAAGUUUAAUUAUGUAAAAGUAAAAAGUAUUUUUUCCCUGUAAUGCUUUCAUGAUUAAAGGAAUUCCUCCCUUA